CGUACCGGCCUGUAUCUGAACCAUUUCAGUCGAACCAUCCACGCUAACCAACUCGCGACUUCUAGCUCGACAACCUACCAUCACAAUUAUGUCUUACGAAUCCAGUUCCACCAUGGAGCCCAUCCACUUUGAGGACGAGAGGGGCGGGUGCCUGAGUCUGCUGGAGGACGCUGGCUGCUACUUCAGUCCCAACGUUCAGCCUGAACACAUCGUCAACCUGCAGAACUUUAAGGCCAGGUCAGAUGACAUCCUGUUGGUCACCUACCCCAAAUCAGGAACUCACUGGCUCUCAGAAAUCAUCUCCAUGCUGGUCAACGGCUGCCACCGUCUGACCAAAGACACGAUGAAGCACCUGGAGUACCUGCCCGUAGAGGUCCUUGACAGCAUGCCCUCACCCAGAGUUAUCUGCUCCCACUUGCCGUAUCCCAGAAUACCACUCGACUUCCACCGGAAGCGCGCCAAAAUCGUCGUCUGCAUGCGCAACCCACGCGACGUGGCCGUGUCCUACUUUAAAUUCAUCUCUAACCUGAAUUUCUGGAACUAUUCCGGGUAUUGGGAUGGCUUUGUGCCGCUCUUUAUCAACGGCAACUUGCCCUACAACUCGUGGUUUGAACACACUGACACCUGGUUGAAGGUCGCAAGGUCAGGAAAACACAACAUUCACGUGGUCUUCUAUGAAGAUCUGCAUCGAGAUUUCAACUCCACCGUGUCCAGACUCGCUGACUUCUUGGACGUCGACUACACGCCAGAGCUGAUCGAUGCCGUCCAUAUUGAGACCACGUUUGACAACAUGAAAUCACACAAGGACGAUUUCACUUUGCCGCUCAGCAAAAACGGGGAAUCCCCGAUUUACAGAAAAGGAGAAGUUGGGGACUGGGUCAACUGGUUCACGCAUGAGCAGAUCGAUCAAAUCGAUCAGGAGAUGGAGGCAUGGGGUCUGCACCUGGACAACAGGAUCAAGUACUUCACCGACCAGCCCAACCCCACCUCCACGUGAGUGACCCCCCUACAGUUUCUGCCCUCGUUCAUCACUACGACAGUACAUAGCCCUCGAGCCCAUACAGGAUCAUCAUAUGUUGAUCUGCUAUAGAGUAAGGCAGAGACAGUAGAGUUAGUGGCGUUUCACGAAAAUGUGGGUAUAUAGUAAAAAAAAACAUGUUCAUGUUUUUUACUUUCUUUAUAUACUCAUGUUUGAAUGAUGAUUUUUUAAAACAUGUACAUGUAUGAGUGUAUUUUUUAAUAUGAUUUAUGUUGGGUCGUUUUGGGGAAAUCCCCUUUUAAAAAAUUUGCAGCAGAGGGAAUCGGAUUUUCCCGCAGAAUGAAUCGGAUUUUCCCAUAAAAUGAAUCGGGUUUUCCCAUAGAAGAAGUUUCCCCACGUGAAGUGGGUAGGUGGCCAGACAAAGCACUGAUGUAAUCUCGGGUAGGGAGCCCAGUUACCGUGUGCCUGUUUGUUACACCGAACAAUUGAAAUGAGCCAGAUUUUUUAAAACGAACUAUCGUGUGCCUGUUUGUAUCAUAAAACACUAAAAAUAAGCCAGAUUGUAUACCAGUUAUGGUGUGUUAUUUUUAA